AUGUUUUCAAAUCCCCUUACUAAAGCAUGCGAAGAAGGAAAUCUCGAUCGUAUUAAAUCUCUUAUAGAAGGUAGUAACUAUAAAGUAGAAUCUUUAGGUUUACCACUCAUUUAUGCAUCAAAAAAAGGUCAUCUUGAAGUUGUUAAUUAUCUUAUCUCUGUUGGUGCUGAUAAAGAAGCAAAGUCUAAUGGUGAAAAUACUCCACUCAUGUAUGCAUCAUAUCACGGUCAUCUUGAAGUUGUUGAAUAUCUUAUCUCAGUUGGAGCUAAUAAAGAAGCAAAGAAUAAUGAUGGAUCUACACCACUCAUUCUUGCAUCACAAAAAGGUCAUCUUGAAGUUGUUAAAUAUCUUAUCUCUGUUGGAGCUGAUAAAGAAGCAAAGAAUAAAAAUGGAUCUACUCCACUCAUUCUUGCGUCAUAUCAUGGUCAUCUUGAAGUUGUUAAAUAUCUUAUCUCUAUUGGAGCUGAUAAAGAAGCAAAGGAUAAAAAUGGAAAAACUGCUCUUGAUAUCGCAAGGUUUUCUGUGAAAAAAUACUUUUUGGGAGAAAAAACAGAAUAG